UGUCUUUUUUAGGUCCCACCAAAAAGGCAUGUUGUGAACGGAGUUUCUGAGGUGUAGGGACGGAUAAGCUUAUGGUGGCUUACAAAGGCAAAAAAGAGAGAUUGCUUUCAGGAAUUUGUUUUCUGAACUUGGUUUCUCUUGGGUAUGGUUGCCAAGCUUUGCUUAAUGGCUUCUCAUGGGUACCUUCCCGGGCUUGUUCUGCACCAAGAACAAGGCAGAAUCCUCAAGGAUUCUCAACAUCUUUUGCCAAGUUCUGGAGCUAGGCACGAGAUAAUAAGAUCAAGAACACUUACUAUCAGGCCAAAUCAUUAUGAGGAGCCAUUAAAACCCCUAUGUGGGUUGGCUGACUCUAGUCAGUUUGUCCAGAUUGACUCAACAGUUAAAAAGCCUGUGCUCAUUGAUGUGCAAGAUGAUCACCCAGACUCAAUACUAUUUAGCUUUGGAAUUUCUGAGCAAUGUACGAAACAUGAAAAAAUAUUGAAGUUCCUCAUGUCCGGACCAAGUGAAGUGGAGAGAAGGGAAUUUGAUAUGUCUUUACUAUCUGACUUGAUGGGGUUACAAGCAUUGAAUGUGUAUCAACAGCCAACUGCUCCUCUUAUUUACCCAAGUUGCAAACUUUUCUCACAGAAGCCUCCAAUGGACUUUGUGGGAGACUUGGCCUGUGGUCCAAAAUUUGCAGUUCACCAAGAUGGUCGAGUAGUAUUCAUGGGCACUGGGAUGGAGGUGAAAGAUCUACUUUCAGUUGUUGCUGAGGUUUAUCUAUCGAGAAACUCACCCAAAUGGAGAAAGCCGUCUAUGCUGGUCCCACAAUAUAAUAGGCUUGGCAGCAACGAAGCAGUCACUAAUGUUCAGGGGUCUUGUUUGAAGGUUCAAGCUACAACUGUUGUCCCUUUGAAGAGUCCCGAUAAAGUAAAGGUUAAGCCAUCACCAAAGAAGAAGAACAAAAGGAAAGUUGGCAGAGAGAGGGAUGAGUGCAAGAAGAACUAUUUCCAUGCUUGUGAGAGCCUUCUAUCAAUAAUGGUUAACAAAAGGUACAAUGGAAAAACGGCAAUCCUUUCUCUAAAGAAAUCUGGCCCGGAGCUUCCUGAGCUCCUGACCCAAUUUUCUGCUGGAAUUGCCGGGACUGGUCUUGCUGUACUUUUCUCUGUCAUCAGUAAAUUAGCUUGUGGGAGGGUACCGUUCUGUGGAUCUAAACUCUUGAGCACGAGUUUUGGGUUUGGACUGGUUUGGCUCUCAUGGGCAGUGAAUAAACUGAGUGACACGAUUCUCUAUAUCAUCAAGAAUUCUGGGAAGCUGAGUUUGAAGGAAGAGGAAAUUAUGAGGAGAGUGGAUAAAAGCGUCAAGGAGAUUUGCUUAGGAACUGCAACUCUGAUGGUAGUGGCAAUGCUGAAGUUUGCAUGAGCAUCCUUGGAGAAAUACGAUUUCAGGAAAGUACCAAGGGUUUGGAGAACACACCUUAGAGGGUAAUGGCUGUUACACUGUAAUAGGGUGGUGUUGAUUAUACAAUGCUCAAGCUCAAUGGGGUGUUGCUUGAAAUGAACUUUGACAACAAACUUAGGCCGGCCGGGUCAGUGAUCACCAGUCAGGUAGUCCUUGUCAAAGUUAGUAUGUCACUAGUAGGAGGGUAACAUGGUUAGGAACUGGGAGUAAAUACUGUAAAGCUUACUAUACAAAAACUUGUAUAUGAAAUUAAGAUAUUUUUUUU